AAUCAGCGCUGAAAAACUCGGCCAUCGCCAGUGAUUGUCUCGAUAUAGCACAACACGAGGCAGGGUAGGGCUACAGGGUCAAUUAAUUAGAUGAGAGGCGACAAUCGCCACUUAUCAGUGCGAUUCCCUUCUCUCCCACCUUCCCUCAUCUUCAGAAUCAGACUGCACAAUGAGCGGAACCGGAGGAUUCACUGCGCCCCCGCAGCAACCCCAGCAGCAGCCCCAGCCAUAUUCACCCCCGUCUGGCGGCCAGAUCGCACCUGGAUCUAUCACUUAUACGACGUCCACUAGUGCGGAUGGCCAGGUUACAUACCAUCCUUUCAGAGCGGUGCCUGCUAGCUAUCAGACACCCCAAGGUGUUGUACAUGGUAUCCAAUGGGUCCCUGCCGAAGCCACACAGAUCUUGCCAACUGGCGCUCAACCUGCCAAUGCAGAAUUUGCUGCAUCCUGGAAUCGCGGCCAGCUCAACAGGGAAGACGAGAGGGAGCUUGAAAAGUGGAAACGCUCUGAAGAGAAGCGCAAGAAAAAAGAAGAGAAGGCAUCCCUAAAGAACAUCGCGAAACAGUUUGAAAGGGACGAAAUGGAGAUCCGCAUGGCACGUGAGAGGGAUACUCAGGUCAGAGAACGCAAAAGGAGCUUCUACGGAGAAGCACCUCCCUCUGGAUAUCCAGCGCCGGGGACCGCUGCAUACGGUGCCUACAGCAGCUCAGAUCUUGACCGCAGAUUCAAUGAUCUCGACAUCGACCGCAAGGAGGUUUCCUUCGGUGCGAGGCCCAGAAAGCUUUCUCAGAGUGGUGGAGGGGCGUACUCGUCCCCUCCCGCAACGUAUACCAGUCCAACAGGUUAUCCUACAACUGGAAGCGCCAGCCCUUACAACCGGGCGGCCUCUCCUUACCGACCUGUGGGUGCUUUCUCAACUUCACCAAAUGUAAGGCCGCAAGAAUUCUCAUCCUCCACGUACCCUGGUGGACCGGAUCCCAUGGCGAGGGCAGCAUCUCCUUUUGGUGCCAGAGCACCCUCUCCUUAUGGUGCCCAAGCUCCCGCUCCUUAUGGUGCCCGAGCGCCAUCUCCUUAUGGUGCACAAGCGCCCGCUCCUUAUGGUGCCCGAGCGCCUUCUCCUUACGGUGCCCAAGCUCCCGCUCCUUAUGGUGCCCGAGCGCCUUCUCCUUACGGUGCCCAAGCGCCCACUCCUUAUGGUGCCAGAGCGCCCUCUCCUUAUGGUGCCCAAGGACCCUCUCCUUAUGGCGCUCGAGUGCCCUCUCCAAUGCCGCAGGCGGCGCGUUCUACUUCUCCAAUGCCACCGGGGCCUCGUGCUCCUUCCCCAUACGCACGCCCUCCGUCUCGCGCACCGUCCCCAUACCAUGGUCAACAGGCGGCAUCGACUUAUCCUCAGCGCGCUCCUUCACCAUUUGUGCCCCCACCGCAAAUUCAUUCAGUAUACCCCCGUGGGCAUGUAAUGGAGGGACAGCCUAUCGCGGCCCCUCGGUCGCGAGCACCUUCUCCAAUGCCCGGUGCGCCUGCCGGGCCAGGAUUCCCUUCGUCUCCACGCAUGCCCAACACAGGAUUCAAUUCAUCCCCACGAAUGCCUAGCACAGGAUUCACUUCAUCUCCCCGCAUGCCCAACGCAGGAUUCCCUACAUCGCCCCGUAUGCCCGGCGCUGCCACGGGAGGAGACUCGUUGCAACAACUUGCUGCUCCAGAGGCGUUCUCCCGUCCGCCAAAUGCCGCUCAGCCCUACACUCCGUUCGGCGUGAUGAGGAUCCAAGAUAUGGACAAAUUUUACGAACAGAUUCCUCGCAUGCCGCUUGUACUCGAUACUCAUGAUGUAUACCACCAGGAUUGGAUCAGAUUCAUGAAUGAUCUUGCUCUUGCGUGGGCCGGCAAGUUGCCCAUUCAUGAGUUCUCCAGGGGUGAAGCUCCCCCUAAGCGGAGUUCACUUGUUGCAGAUUUGAUCAAUCUGUGGAACGAUUCCUUCUUCCGUGCCCGUCGCGUCGAGGUGGUCCUGUACAAGGGCCGCGAACGACGCUCAGGUCCGCACACGGGGACUCUGGACAACCAACUUCCAAUGCCUGACCUCGACUCUGAUUCAGACUUGUCUGAUUCUUCUUCUCUCUCUUCGGAGUCUGAGGACGACAGGUACUACGGUCGCGGCGUUGAUCUUGCAGACUCCAAGAGAAGGCGCCGAGAGAAGAAGGAGGAAAAGAAGUGGCGCAAGAAGGAAAAGAAGCUCAGGAAAAAGGUCAAGGAACGCGAGAGGCAGUACGCAUUGUACUUGAACUACAUCGCGCCUCGCGACAUGCCUGUUCCGGGAUCUUACUAUGGCUAAUAGAACAUGCAGCGCAUGAAUCCAGUAACGUCGAAUUUGUUGAUACCUAAUCUUGUCAUUGUCAUUGUACUACAUACUACGGACUGCGAAUCAAUUUGUUACCCGGUCGAGGUCGUCAAGUUCAAUAUUCAA